CUCAAACCAAGAGAUUCAGACAUAUGCCAUUGCCCUGAUCAAUGCUCUCUUCCUGAAGGCACCUGAAGACAAGAGACAGGAAAUGGCUAAUGCAUUUGCCCAGAAGCACCUGAGGUCUAUAAUCCUGAAUCAUGUGAUCAGAGGGAACCGCCCAAUUAAAACAGAAAUGGCACAUCAGCUGUACGUACUACAGGUCCUGACCUUUAAUCUCCUGGAAGAGAGAAUGAUGACCAAGAUGGAUCCCAAUGAUCAGGCACAGAGAGACAUCAUAUUUGAGUUGAGAAGAAUUGCAUUUGAUGCAGAGUCUGACAGCAACGCCGUCCCUGGCAGUGGAACAGAAAAACGCAAAGCCAUGUACACCAAGGACUACAAGAUGCUGGGAUUCACUAAUCACAUCAAUCCAGCCAUGGAUUUUACUCAGACUCCUCCAGGGAUGCUGGCAUUGGACAACAUGCUCUACUUGGCCAAAUUUCAUCAGGACACCUAUAUCAGGAUUGUUCUGGAGAACAGCAGUCGAGAAGAUAAGCAUGAGUGUCCCUUUGGGCGCAGUGCCAUUGAGCUUACCAGGAUGCUUUGUGAGAUCUUGCAAGUUGGGGAACUCCCCAAUGAAGGCCGGAAUGACUAUCACCCCAUGUUUUUCACCCAUGAUCGUGCAUUUGAGGAGUUAUUUGCCAUCUGCAUCCAGCUGUUGAAUAAGACCUGGAAAGAAAUGAGGGCAACAGCAGAAGAUUUUAAUAAGGUUAUGCAGGUUGUCAGGGAACAGAUCACACGGGCUCUCCCCUCUAAACCAAACUCCUUGGACCAGUUCAAGAGCAAACUGCGCAGCCUGAGCUAUUCUGAGAUUCUGCGACUGCGCCAGUCUGAGAGAAUGAGCCAAGAUGACUUCCAGUCACCACCUAUUGUGGAGCUAAGAGAGAAAAUCCAACCUGAGAUCUUGGAGCUGAUAAAACAACAGCGCCUGAACAGGCUUUGUGAGGGAAGUAGCUUUCGAAAAAUUGGAAAUCGCAGAAGACAAGAAAGAUUUUGGUAUUGUCGCCUGGCUCUGAAUCACAAGGUGCUACACUAUGGAGAUCUGGAAGAUAAUGCCCAGGGGGAAGUCACCUUUGAAUCUCUACAGGAAAAAAUUCCAGUUGCAGACAUCAAAGCCAUUGUCACAGGGAAGGAUUGUCCACACAUGAAGGAGAAAAGUGCUCUGAAACAGAACAAAGAAGUGUUAGAAUUGGCCUUCUCGAUAUUAUACGAUCCUGAUGAGACCUUGAACUUCAUUGCACCUAACAAAUAUGAGUACUGUAUCUGGAUUGAUGGGCUUAAUGCUCUCUUGGGGAAGGACAUGUCCAGUGAGCUGACUAAAAGUGACCUGGACACGUUGCUGAGCAUGGAAAUGAAGCUGAGACUCCUGGACUUGGAGAACAUC